CCUACUAUUGAUUUAAUGGAAGGUAUUUUUGAAAGAUUAUCAUUAAAAGAAGAAUUCUUUAAGAUGUUUAAGGUUGCAUCUGAUGAAAAUAUUAUUGAAUUGUGGAAAUCAAUAUUAGAAAUUGAUAAUACAUUAGAGUUAGAUGAUAAAACAAAAAAAAGUAUUAAAGAUAAA